AUGCCAACAACAUUUAAUGAAUUGAUUCCAAAAAUAUUGGAAGAUAGGUUUCCUCAGAAACUGUCAAGUAAAUUAGAGCUAAUUUAUAAGGAUAUUUUAGAUAGAAAUGACAAUAAAACAGUAUAUGGAAUAAAGGACAAAACAAAAAAGUGCUCAAGUUUAAAUUUGCAAAUUUGGAAAAGUUUUAGUAAUGAUUUGGGGAAGACAAUAUUUCAAAGAAACAUUUUGACGUUCUAUGAAUUUCUUCUUUCUAUUUUUACAAAUAAAAAACUAUCACAUACAGAAUAUUUAUUUUCAGAUAAGGAAAUGACAAAUUUAUAUUGGCUAUUAGUAACUUUUCAGAAGCUUAUAAUAAGUUAUUCUACAUUUCGAAUUAUAGAUGAUACAAAAGAAUUUAACAACUUGGUUACAAAAAAGUUUAUUUUGAGACCCUUAUUUGAAAGUUUUAAAUUAAGUUCUAAAGCUAAAAAUUUAUUAAAAACAUUAAUUUUUGAACAGAAAUUAAUAAUAAAUAUUAUUAAUUUGAAAAUUAGCAGUAACCUUAAUUCUCAAAUGUUGCUUGAAGUAAUUGAUAGCCUAUUACUCUUAUUAGAGACUCUAAUAUUUAUUCUUCUCCAAAAAAAUUUUAAUACAACUGUUGAAAAUACUCAGUCAGAAGUUGUUCCCAAUAAAAAACAUCUGUAUUACAAAAUAUAUUCUGAUAGAAAAUCAAGCAUUCCUAAAACUUUAUUUAAAAAACUACAGAUACUCAUAAAGAACAUACCAGAACAUAUAAAAAUUUUAAAAUUGCACAUUCAAUGUUAUAUGAAAAUUUUAAAAAAAUUAAAUUGGUUUGAAAUAUUUAAGAUAAUGAACAAGAAUGAGUUAUUUUUAAUUAAAUUAAGAAAAAGAAAACAGUAUAUACUAAGUGAACUAAUUUUAUUACAAGAUCGAAACAUAUUAGCUUAUUUCAGAUUAAUUAAUACAUAUGGUUGUUUUUAA